CGUUAUAUUUUUUUAGCCGAAUAAAAGGGAGCACUUCAGUUUGAAACUUAAUUGCACCGUUUUUGUAUCAGAGGGUAUUAUAGUCAGACAUUUCUUCCUCUGAGCAUUAAUAUCGCAAAUAUUCAGUCGGGCUGCGACAGCAUCAUCCGCGCUGUGACGGAGUCAUCUCUGGAAAUACGAGGAUCCUCGCUAUGAUUCAGUGAUAUUUUGACACAUAUUGCAGGAUUCGUCGUACAGGAUGAUGCCAGACUAUGGGUUGAUUAAAAAUGGACGGGAACCGAUAGUAAAUGACACUAUGCAGGGCGCUGAAUAAGAGGAAGACACGUGCGGCGGUUCAGAUCUCAUUUCAAAAUGGAGUCAACAGAGCAGCUUUGUAAUGCCUCGGCAUGUGGAAAGCUGGAAAAAGUGCUUGCUUUGUUGCAAGCUGGAACUUAUGUUAAUGGAAGAAAUAGGUUUGGGAGAACUGCUUUGCAGGUGGCGAUGCUGGGAAACAGCGCUCUCGUCAACGCUCUCCUCGAGGCAGGAGCUGACCCCAACGUGCGCGACAUGAUCCUAAAGCUCACCGUGACUCACGAUGCCGCACGCGAGGGUUUCCUGGAGACAGUGCGCGUGCUGGUAGAUCGUGGGGCGGAUGUGAAUCUCGCGGACGAAAACGGUAACCUGCCACUGCAUCUGGCCGCGAAGGAGGGGCACCUGGAGGUGGUGAAGCUUCUCCUGGAGCUGACCGAGGACCCCCAGAAGACCAACGAUCUGGGACACUCCGCUCUGAAGCUGGCACGAGACGCCAAGCACGAGGAGACGGCUGAUUUCAUCGAGCAGUGUUUGGGCUCCUGUGAGUGAUACUUGAAACCAAGUCAGUGAAGACUGGACUUUAAACCAAAUAAAAUCAAACUAAAUAAACGUACGUCAAAA